UUUCCUCUUCCGGAAUCGCCCCUCCGGAGGCCCUCUUCCCGCUCGGGCCGGUCCCGGGAUGGCUCCGCGGCUGCAGCUGGAGAAGGCGGCCUGGCGCUGGACGGAGACGGUGCCGCCCGAAGCCGUGACGCAGGAGCACAUUGAGGCGGCCUACCGGAUCGGGCUGGAGCCCUGCCAGCGGGGCGCUUGCAGGAGAAACUGCAGAGGGAAUCCCAAUUGCCUGGUGGGGAUUGGAGAGCACAUUUGGCUAGGGGAGAUCGAUGAAAACACCUUUCACAACAUCGACGAUCCCAACUUUGAGAGGCGAAAAAAGAAUGCCUUUGUAGGCCUCACCAACCUGGGGGCCACGUGCUACGUCAACACUUUCCUACAGAUGUGGUUCCUAAAUCUGGAGCUCCGGCAGGCGCUGUAUCUGUGUCCGGUUGCAAGGCCUGAAUGUGUCACUGCGGCAAAGAAAGAUUACGAGCCUCAGACCAUUUGCGAGCACCUCCAGUACUUGUUCGCCUUGCUCCAAAACAGCAAAAGGCGAUACAUUGACCCAUCGGGGUUUGUGAAAGCACUUGGCUUGGACACAGGUCAGCAACAGGACGCCCAGGAGUUUUCCAAGCUGUUCAUGUCCCUCCUGGAGGACACCCUGUCUUCUCAAAAAAACCCGGACGUGCGCGACAUCGUCCAGAAACAAUUUUGCGGAGAAUACGCCUACGUUACAGUUUGCAACCAGUGUGGCCGAGAGUCCAAACUUAUCUCCAAGUUUUACGAGCUUGAGUUAAACAUCCAGGGCCACAAGCAGCUGUCAGACUGCAUCACGGAGUUCCUGAAGGAGGAGAAGCUGGAGGGGGACAAUCGUUACUUCUGCGAGUCCUGCCAGAGCAAACAGAACGCCACCCGGAGGAUACGCCUGCUCAGCCUCCCUUGCACCCUCAACCUCCAGCUCAUGCGCUUCGUGUUCGAUAGAACCUUCUAAAUCUCAGUCUCGGAAGCCCAAGUGCGGGAAGGGGAUUUACCGCUCCCGGAAUGCCUACAUGUUGGUGUAUCGGUUGCAGUCGCGGGAGAAGUCCCUGGCUGUUGAACUCCCAGCUUUCCUGCAGGAGCUGGUGGAUGAGGACAACAGCCGGUUUGAGGAGUGGUGCCACGAAAUGGCCGAGAUGCGGAAGCAGAGCGUGGCGCGGGGCAAGGUCAAGCACGAAGAGGUGAAGGAGCUCUACCAGAAGUUGCCUGCCAAAGCUGGCUGCCCCUACGACUUUGUCUCCCUGGAAUGGCUGCAGCAGUGGCUGGACGAAUCAACGCCCCCCAAAGCCAUCGACAACACGGGUUGUUUGUGCUCUCAUGGCAAGCUGCACCCAGAUAAGAUCUCCACCGUCAAGCGAGUCUCGGAGGACGUGGCCGACUACUUCUACAAGCGAUACGGAGGAGGACCCAGGCUGACAGUGAAAGCCCUCUGCAAGGACUGCGUGGUGGAGAGAUGCCGGGUGCUGCGGCUGAAAAGUCGGCUAAGCGAGGACUACAAAGCCGUCUGCAACCUCCUCAAAGCAGCCGUCAAGGGGAGCGAUGGGUUUUGGGUAGGAAAGUCCUCCCUACGGAGCUGGCGCCAGCUGGCCCUGGAGCAGCUGGACGACUCGGACGAGGACACCGAGCCAAGCAACGGCAAGAUGAACGGCGACGCCAAGGAGAGAGAGGAGCCCAGUGCAGAGAAAGGAGGAGAAGAAGAGGAGCUGAAGUUCAACGAGGACAUUGUCUGCCCCCACGGUGAGCGGGGGUGGGGUGGGGGCAACGAUGGGACCCUCACUUGGUUCUAGCAGCCGCAAGGCAUUCCCUCCCCCCCUCCCUCCCUCCCUCGGGAGCCGUUCCUGCAACUAGCUUCCCCAGGAGAAUUGCUUGUUCCACUGUUCCUCCCAAGCCUGGCCAGGCACGUGUGGUGGGAAUCCAGCCGUUGACCUUUUUCAAAAUCCAGGAAGCGCUGAGAUCGCUUGGUCCUCCUGGUCAGGCUGACACCGGCGUCUCAAGGACACUCGCUCACCUUGACUGGAGACACAUUUGCAGCUGUGUGGCGUUGGGGAGAGACAUACCUCCCGCCAGGCCCCCCUAAUUCCACUCUCAGCCGAACUGGAGAGCAGGUGGAGGUGGCCCCAGCGGGGAUCAUACCCCAAAGCGUUUCUUCUUUCCCUCUACCUCCCUCCCUCCUUCCGUUUUUGUAUUUACUUAUUUUCUUCUUCACUCUGAUGGAUUUUUGGGGUGAGAUUCAAGCAAACUCAAGGUUCCAUAUUUACACCAAAAUAGAUUCCCUCU